AUGUCGAAGCCGGAUACAGAGGUUGGCAAACAUGGCCACCACAGCCUCGGCCACAAGCUCGCGCACCCCUUCCAUGAGAUGAAAGAGAAGUUUGAGGAUGCCCUGGAGGAAACCCAUCUGAAAGACCUCAAGGUCUCACUCAUUCACAAGAAGCAUAAAAUUGGCAAGUUUGCGAACUUGUUCAACCCACAACAUCGUCACGAUGAGGAGCACGAGAAGGCUUGUGACGAUAAGCGGACCAAGAUUGGCGAGGAGCACCGCUUCCAGUCAUACUUCCCUGAGCGCGACGGAAACAUGAUCAAAUGGUACGUGGAUGGCCUCGACUACUUCUGGGCCGUAUCAGAAGCCCUUGAUCGUGCCAAGGAGACAAUCUAUAUCGCCGACUGGUGGCUGUCUCCUGAGCUGUUCUUGCGCAGACCACCUUACUACAACCAGGAGUGGCGACUGGACCAGGUCUUGAAGCGACGUGCAGAGGCCGGCGUCAAGAUCUUUGUCAUCGUCUACCGCGAGGUGGAGGCUGCUCUCACAUGCAACUCGGAGCAUACCAAGCACGCGCUCCAGGCUCUGUGCCCGGAAGGCUCCCCUGGCUAUGGCAACAUCAAGGUCAUGCGCCACCCCGAUCAUAACGUGCUCGAGAACGCCGCAGACAUGACAUUCUACUGGGCCCAUCACGAGAAGUUUAUUGUCAUUGACUACGAGAUGGCAUUCAUUGGCGGCCUGGAUCUGUGCUUUGGUCGGUGGGAUGCCCACCAGCAUCCAUUGGCUGAUCUCCACCCAGAGGGCAUCAACAACGAGAUCUGGCCUGGCCAGGACUUCAACAACAACCGUGUGAUGGACUUCAAGGAUGUCCAGGACUGGAAGAGCAACGAGCUCAGCAAAGUAGACUACGGCCGUAUGCCCUGGCACGACGUCGCCAUGGGUGUCAUUGGUCCAUGCGUGUACGAUAUCGCCGAGCACUUCGUCUUGAGGUGGAACUUUGUCAAGCGCGACAAAUACAAGCGUGACGAGCGAUUUGACUGGAUGGAGCUCCGUGGCCGAGAGGGUGAUAACGAGGAUCUCGUUGGCGUGCAGCGGCCGAAACACCCUGUGGGCGACUAUGUCCUCCAUCCUCUGUCGCCGAUGGAGACCAAGAAUCUUGACAAUCGAGGAACACUGCACGCUCAGAUAGUUCGCUCGAGCGCAGAUUGGUCGAGCGGAAUCCUUACCGAGCACUCUAUCCAGAACGCUUAUUCCGAGAUCAUCAGGAAGGCCGAGCAUUUUGUCUAUAUUGAAAAUCAGUUCUUCAUUACAGCCACAGGCGACCAGCAACUGCCCAUCCGCAACACCAUCGGCCGCGCCAUCGUCGAAGCCUGUGUGCGUGCGGGCAAGGAGGGCCGCAAGUUCCGUGUCAUUAUCGUCAUCCCCGCCGUUCCCGGAUUCGCCGGUGACCUGCGCGACGAUGCGGCGAUAGGCACUCGGGCUAUUAUGGACUAUCAGUACAAGUCGAUCUGUCGCGGCGAGCACUCCAUCUUCGGGCAGAUUCGUGCGGAGGGCGUCGACCCUACGAACCACAUCUUUUUCUUCAACCUUCGCAGCUACGACAGACUGAACAAGACCCCUGCGGUCGUGAAGCAGGAGCAGGAGUCUGGUAUCAAGUAUCAGGAGGUCCAACGCGCCGAAGCCGAGGAGAUCAUGGGCUCUGGCAUCCAUGGAACUACAGAUGCUGAGGGUGGACGGGAUAAGCAUAUGGGGCAGAAGCUCGGGGACUCCGACCAGAAGAAGUCUCAGAUCGACAAGGAGAAUGCUGAGGAGGAGCACAAGUCAGAUGCGGCAGAGGAACAGACUGACAAGAAGAGAAAGUUCGAAGCAGCGAAGCAGGAGGGUCAGGCGGAGACCAAAUCGGAUGCCAGUGUCGCUCAACAUGCGAUCGCGGGUACAGGCCCCGUGACGGAUCUGCAUUGGGACGGCGAUCCCAAGGAUGAGGUUGAAAAUUGGAUUCAAGAGGAGCUCUACAUCCAUGCCAAGCUGCUCAUUGCGGACGACCGCAUCGUCGUCUGCGGGUCAAGCAACCUCAACGAUCGCAGCCAGCUCGGCUACCACGACAGCGAGCUCAGCAUUGUUAUGGAGGACACAAAGAAGAUCCAGAGCACGAUGGAUGGCAAGCCGUACGAAGCUGGAUGGCACGCGGCCACUCUGCGGAGGUAUCUAUGGCGUGAGCAUCUUGGACUGUUGCCGGCGCAAGAUCUGGAUGCAAGCAACAGCGUUAAUGCGAAGCCGCCUGGGGAUGACACUCCCAACGACCCAUGGGACAAAGACGAUAGCUGGAACUUCGUCGAGGACCCCAUGAGCGACCAGGUCUGGGACACAUGGACGGGACAGGCGUCCAAGAAUACUGAGGUAUUCAGACAUUUGUUCCACGCCGAUCCGGAUGAUCAUGUCAAAACAUUCGAAGACUACGACAGGUUCCUGCCGUCAAAGGGCGUGAAGUCGGGACACAUCUUUGACCGCAUGAUGCCGCCGGAGGACGUGCGGGCCAAGCUCGAUCAGAUCAAGGGCCACCUGGUGUGGAUGCCACUGGACUUUUUGAAGGAGGCGAACAUGGCGGAGACGGGACUGCAGGUCAACCAGUUCACCGAGAGCGUGUAUACUUGA